AUGUCAUCACUAUCAUUAUCAUCCCCAAAAUCUUCGACCACCGCAACAACAAUGGACGAGUCAAGCAUUGAGGAGAUUGCUCCUCAUAUCCUAUUUGAGAUACGCAACUCACCAUCUUUGAUGUCCAUGUCCAAUAGCAACAACAACACCAGUACAGACAGCGCCAACACCCCCACCAACAACACAGACAAACAUGCUGAGCUAGACUUUGUACCAAUUUCCCCCAUCCAGGGCUUUGGCAAUGGCCGCUCCAGCAUCACCUCGUCCACAGGCAUGCGUCCAUCGAGCCGAAAUAGCGUACGUCGCAGCUCUGGUGCUGGACAUCACUCGCCCUCAAACUCAUUCCUGCAUCUUGGUGAAAGCAGUGGCAGUGGCAGUGGGCUUGGACUUGGACUCGGACUUUCACUUGGUAAUAGUAAUGGCAUUGGCAAUAAGAGCUCAGAUGACAAUAGCCUGGACGUUGGUACGGGUGGCGGCAUUGGCAACUCAAUAUUCAACAACAACAUGUUCUAUCAGUCCUCCACGUCUUCAUUCGCGUCUCUUCCCAACCCAUUGCCCGGCUCGCCACGUGUCGAGAUCCUGGCCAACGAGAGCGUGCUCUCCAGCUCGACCGACUCACUCACCAACUCAUACUCACUCAUCAACCUGUCGUCUUCUCCAUCGCAAUCUGCUCCCUCAUCCCCACCCUCAUCCAAAUCACUCAAGUUCCACAGCUUCAAACAACAACAACAUCAACAGCAACAACAGCAACAGUUCCAGGUUGGCUCACCUGGUAAGGGCUACGGCUCACCAAUCCCCUCGAACAACAGCAACAGUAACAACAACAACAACAACAACAACACAUUGUCCCCACCUUCAUCACCGCCCAUGAGCUGCGGCUCUACCACACCUGUACACUGCAGCCUCAAUGAUUGCCUUCUGUGCCAACGUGGACAGCCAGAGAUCCUUAUCAAGCAGCCAACAUGGGCCAGUAUCAUGCGCGUGGUCUUCUAUACAUUGAACCAUGAGAUGCCCGAGAAGCAGUUCUUCUCGCUCAAGACCGAUGUGUACGAGUUCAUGACCUCGCAUUGGGACGUGCUGUGUUUGAAUAAGAAGCGCUCGGACAACUGGCACAAGCAGAUACAGGACAUGCUGUCGCACUCCAAGAACAUCUUUGACUCGGGCAUGGACACAUACAAGCAGAAUGGUUUCUGGCGUCUGAAGCAGACCAACGACCCAUGGACCAUGCAGAAGGGCGGUCGCAAGGGAUCGACGUCGAUGCCCUCGUCACCCCUGUCCAUGGUGUCCACGCCAGCGUCCGCCCUGCUGGCACAGGCCAUCUCCAGCUCGUCGGCAAUGGCCAUGUCGGCGUCGUCCACGUCCAACUUUGCAUCGCUGGCCUCCCCGCCACGCACGUCAACGCCCUCGAUCAACAUCCCGCGUCUAAACACAUCGCCAUUGUUAUUGUCCCGCGUGGCCAACAACUCUGGUAUCUUUGACGACUUUAAGAAGCGCUCAUCCAUCGAGAUGCUCCUGGAAAACCUCGAGAUGGACUCGCCACGCAAGAAGCGUCUCUCAGACUCUGGUGACAUCCAACGCAACUAUAUCGAUAGUCCACGCGAGGAGUUGUACAUUAGCGAGUCAUCAAACAACUGA